GAAGAGAAGAAAGAAAGCAAAAAGAGAAGAAGGAAGCCAAAGACAAGAAGGAAGCCAAAGACAAGAAAGAAGCCAAAGACAAGAAAGAAGCCAAAGACAAAACAGAAGCCGAGGACAAGAAGGAAGCCAAAGACAAGAAGGAAGCCAAAGACAAGAAGGAAGCCAAAGACAAGAAGGAAGCCGAAGACAAGAAGGAAGCCGAAGACAAGAAGGAAGCCAAAGACAAGAAGGAAGCCAAAGACAAGAAGGGUGCAAGCCGUCACAAGACAGCCCGCGAGUCCGAGGAGGUGGGUGCAGAUGAAGAAUCCGAGAAUGAGUUUGAUCAAGUGGCCCUCUUGGAAGCACAGAUAGCAGCUGAGGAGCUUGCUGCGUGCUCCCCAAUGGCGUCAGAAGCCUCAGAAGGUUCCGAGAGUUCCGGUGACGAGGAUGAUGAUGAUGGACAGGCCGAAUCGGAGGAGGCAGAGGAGCAGGACAAUGAUGGUGAAUGUGAUGCCGAGGAGGAAAUCCUCCAGUCGCAAGAGUGCCACCUGGAUGAAGAAGACAUGCCAAGUGGUACCUCAUCUGAGGCAGAGUCUGGGAACGAGUCUGAAGAUGAAGAGCCGGCCCCCGACCCAAAUUCCUUGAGGGCGGCCGCAGAAGAGGAGGACGAAGAUAUAGUGCGAAACAGUAAGACGCACAAGAAGGAAUGGGCCGUGUUUGAUCGGGCGAUCAAGAAUCGCCAGAAGUUCCCCGUCAGCCUGAGUUCCUACGUGGGCAAAUCCAAGACGGAUUUGUUUGGUGCCUGGCUCGAUUGCAACGGCAAUUGGGACGAGCUACACGUGAUUUGUGACGCGCGGCACGUUCCCACUCAGGGUGGCAAAGACUUGAAGCUGAAAUACCCCGACGAGGCCAUGUACAAGCAGGUGAUUGCCUCAAGAAAAGCCGAAGGACGGUGGUACAAAGACAAAGAUUUCCCCGACAACGAGGAUGAAGCAUGGUAUUAUAUGCCGAAGGGCCACCUGCUGCGGCUGGACAAUGCCACAAGUGAAAAGCAGCUGCUUCGGGCGGAGCAGAACAUGGAUGAAGAUUUGGCAAAGAUUCUCGAAGAGAACAAUGUGCUUCAAGCGGGCACUUUGCCCGCUGCGCAGGCAGCCACCGAGGCUGGGGAGAAGGCCCUCUUGAGCCUCUUCGACGAGCCGGGAGGGAUUCAGAAACGAAUCCCAAAGACGAAGAAGGAAAAGGAAAAGGAUGAGGCUGAGGAGAUGAAGCCCAAGACCCUGAAAGAGCAAGUGGCAGAAAAGGAAGCCGAAAUCCUGAAGGAUUCUACGGAGGCUCGCAAAACCUCCAUCACCCUGACCAAGCUGAACUACGGCGGCCAGCUAUCCGAGCAGUUGCUCAAGUACUCGAAGCAGAUGGAGUCUGCCUACAAGAAGAUGUGUCAGCUGGACAAAGAUGGAAACACAAAAGCUUUGAAGAAAGUUAUGAAGUGGGCGGAGCAGAAGAAGCCAUGGUUCAAGCAAGCCCAGGCCGCAGCAAACGGCCUGCAGUCUGGAUUGAAAUCCAAAAAGAAGGCGGCAGCAAAGAAGCCAGCCGCCAAGAAUGUGCAGCCGGCUUUGCAGAAGUGCAUAGGCGUGGCUGCUGAUGACCUAUCCAAGCCGAGGCUUGGUCGUUCUGAUCGUCGUGUGCUUAGCUUGUACCGCUACAAUGUUUGGCAGCAGCAAUGGUUCGUGAUGGAAUACCCCAAGAAGCCGUGGCUUCGAGGCCUCUAUGGAGUGACUUUGGAGCCAUACUUUAUAAAUGUCAUGCUUGAAAGAGACGAUGACGUUGUUGAUGACACUCCUUUGAAGGGGACGGUUUCCACGCGGAUACCUGUGCGGGAGUGUCACUAUUUCUCUCGCCACUACAACUGCAUCCUGCUGUGCGACCGAUGUUGCGCAAAGACGCCGACAGAAAAAAAUAUGGAUGACAUGAACUACAAAAACUUUUCGGCAAAUGCUCCGUAUCUUCUCACGAGUAUUGAUCACAACAUGUACCUCAACACAACUCCUGCAGCCGAACUUUCACCGUGGACGGCUAUGCCAGGAUGGAAGAUUGAGAAUACUUUCUUUGACUGGAUGCAUGUUGUGUUGCUGGGGAUCGCAAGAGAUGUGGUUGCUGCUGCUAUCAAGCUGAUGGCAAUGCGGGGUGUGAUUUCCAUGCCAAACUUGCGCCAAGAGCUGAGAAGCCUUACAGUUUGGAUCAAGAAGGAGCGCAAGAGCGUUCUGGUGUGGGGCAUGGCGAGAAAGCUCCGGGUGGUGUUGCAAAACUAUCAGGAUGAGGAGUUGGUGCAAAUGGCAAUAGUGGUACGAGCACUCAACAAGGCCCAACGAUUGUUGGACAACUCCGACUUCUUCAUGACCGAGGGCGAUUCUACAAGAUUCAACGACCUGGUUCAAUUACACCUGCGGACGUGGCAGCGGCUGGCUUUGAAAUUUGAGGCCUUGGGUAUCGCUUUGUGUAAAAUCCGCCCGAAGCACCACUAUCUUCAACACAUUGGUCUGUAUGUGGCUGCGACACGAGUGAACGUGCGAAUACAUCAAAAUUUCAAUUCAGAAUCGUACAUGGGCAAGAUGAAAAAGAUUGCUGUGAAGUGCCAUUCGGCUUCUAUGAUGCUGCGGGUGCAACAAAGGUAUGUGCUUUACCUGGCUUUAUCAUGGGAGCGAGCAAAACGAGCAUCUACUGGGGCCGCCGGUGCUGCACUUACUGGAAAUGAGACUCUGGAAGAGCUCUUGCUCUGCGAUUGGCAAAACGACAAUAAAAGAUCUUUCAGCAGCUCUAGCGCCGAAGCUUCCAAGAGACGAUGCAUCAUGGGCAUUACAUGA